AUGCCUAUGGAUUGGUGGGGAUGCGCCACGUCGAUUCUGGGUUUGAUGCUGUUGGUUUAUGCCAUCACCGAUAGCCCUCACGUACCAAAGGGCUGGGCAUCGCCACAGAUUCUGGUGACAUUCAUUGCCGGCAUCAUGUUUCUUGGGGCCUUUGUCUACGUACAAGGCUGGGUUUCAACAGCGCCGCUUCUUCCUCCCAGGCUGUUUGCCCCAAAGUACACAAUCGCGUUGUUCUACUGCCUCUUUGCUGCUUUUGGGUCGUUUGGAAUCUAUUUUCUCUAUGCCAGUUUCUACAUCGAGACCAUCCUCCACAUUCCCCCACUGUUGGCUGCCGCCUGGUUUGCACCUCUUGCGAUUGGGGGUGUCAUUAUUGCCAUCGUUGGCGGGGCGGUGUUGCACAAACUUUCAGGAACGAUCCUGCUGCUUCUUUCCGUCACGGGGAUGUUGGUAUCAAGCCUUCUUUUCAUCUUGAUACCUGAAAACCCCAACUUCUGGGCGUGGGUGUUUCCCGCCAUGAUCUGCGCGACGAUCGGCAUUGAUAUUAUGUACAAUGUCAGCAAUAUUUUCAUCACCACUAGUGUGCGCAGCGAUCAACAAGGUAUCGCCGGUGCAUGCAUCAACGGCCUUCUUUUCUUGGGCAUCAGCUUCUUCCUUGGUUGGGCCGAUUUGGCCGUAGCACAGACAUCACCAAAUCUCAAGGAAGGAUACAAGAUUGCUUUCAUCAUGGGUGCUGCAUGUGCAGGAGCGGCCAUACUAAUCAUUGUGGUGGGGAUAAGGAUUGACAAAGCCAAGGGGGAUCUGACCGCUGACGAGCGUGAGCAAUUGCAAAGUGAAGCCGUUAGCAGUGCUCUCAGUGAGACGACGGUCGCAAACCCAGGUACAUCGUCAUGA